AUGGAGGUGCAGGCCAUCGGUAGUGGCGCGAGCGAGCGCGGGGCCCAGGACCCUGCCCCCGCCCCCAGCAAGGCCUCCGGCAGCGCCGGCCACUACGAACUGCCGUGGGUUGAAAAAUACAGGCCAGUAAAGCUGAACGAAAUUGUUGGGAAUGAAGACACUGUGAGCAGGCUGGAGGUCUUUGCAAGAGAAGGGAAUGUGCCCAAUAUCAUAAUUGCUGGCCCCCCAGGAACUGGUAAAACUACAAGCAUCCUGUGUUUGGCACGAGCCCUGCUGGGCCCAGCACUUAAGGAUGCCGUUUUGGAACUCAAUGCUUCAAAUGACAGGGGCAUCGACGUUGUAAGGAAUAAAAUCAAGAUGUUUGCCCAGCAGAAGGUCACCCUUCCCAAAGGUCGGCACAAGGUCGUCAUCCUAGAUGAAGCAGACAGCAUGACUGAUGGAGCCCAGCAAGCCUUGAGGAGAACCAUGGAAAUCUACUCCAAAACAACUCGCUUUGCUCUUGCUUGUAAUGCUUCGGACAAAAUCAUAGAGCCCAUUCAGUCCCGGUGUGCUGUCCUCCGCUACACCAAGCUGACUGACGCGCAGAUUCUUGCCAGGCUACUGAAUGUCAUCGAGAAGGAGAAAGUGCAGUACACGGACGAUGGCCUGGAGGCCAUCAUCUUCACCGCCCAGGGAGACAUGCGGCAGGCGCUGAACAACCUGCAGUCCACCUUCUCGGGAUUUGGCUUUAUUAACAGCGAGAAUGUGUUCAAGGUCUGUGACGAGCCGCACCCCCUGCUGGUGAAGGAGAUGAUCCAGCAUUGUGUGAACGCCAACAUCGAGGAAGCCUACAAGGUUGGGCCCACCCCCUCCUGGUUCAGGAGGCACCUGUCACUCCUGGAGCAGGGCAGCAGGAGCCCUCCUGUUGCUGGGGACUUUACAAACAUCGAGGAAGCCUACAAGGUUGGGCCCACCCCCUCCUGGUUCAGGAGGCACCUGUCACUUCUGGAGCAGGGCAAUUUAAAUUUUUCUUUUUUGUUUUUUCAGGAAAUUGGAUACACUCACAUGAGGGUAGCAGAAGGUGUAAGCUCCCUUCUGCAGAUGGCAGGGCUCCUGGCCAGGCUGUGUGAGAAGACAAUGGCCCCGGUGGCCAGUUAGAGUGGAGACUUGGACUGAUUCCAUUGCAAGAGUCCUCAUCCCUGAAAUGCAGGACGCUUUAGGCUGGCUAGACACUUUUUACUACUUUUCACUUUACACUCUGGCUGUCAUGUUGUUUCUAGCACAUCUCUGCCCCACAGGCGUUUGCAUUCAACCUCAGACUCAUGGAUGUGGUGACGGGUGGGAAGGCACCAGAGAGGCUCAGGGGCCCCACCCUGGCCUGGGUGUGUGUGGGCGUUUCAGCUAAUAAAACCUUACAAUGUCUGUCAGAAAUAAGGUCACAUGAGGCAGGCCUCAAGACUAGCUUCCUGUCUCUCGGGCCCUUAGCACCCUACAAGUAGAUAGUAGGCUGGACAGGCUAUUCUCAAUUUUUCUAGAAGCCUGAAGGGAUUAGUUCCGUGGGGCGAGGGCAGGCUUUGCUGUAAUUUCCUGCAGGACUGCAGCGGGUCGCAGGCUCUGAGUGGAGGACACAGCACAAGCCCUCAGGAGAGCUCCAGCCUGUCGCCUUUCCCGCAAAGUUGUGUGGAUGCCUUGCUUUAGAUUCCCCAGCAAGUUUGCUGUUAACUUGUAGAAUUGUCUUUUUGUUUUUUGCAAAGUAGUAUUUUUUCCACUUUUUAAAUUAUGAAAAAUUUCAAUUGUUUAUAAAAGUAGAGGGAAUAACACGGCGAACCUUCAUGUACUCAUCAUCCACCUGAACGAUGAUGUUAUUAGCACGGGGCCAACCUUGUCUCCUGUCUCCCUCCUGCCACCCUGCUUGGCUCUCAGACUGCUUUGAAGCAAAUCCCAGGCAUAGUUUCAGAACGAUGUUUUUAAGGGGGUGGAGGUGACAGCUUCCAUGACUGACACAACAUGGUCUCAUGUGGAAAGCUGUCAUUGAAACACCUUGCAAGCAUGCUGGCCCGUGGACAAAGCUGCUGAGUGUGACUGUAUGUGCCUGUGCUGCCGAGAGCUGGCAAAGCUGGGCAGGCUCUUGGGCUUGCUCUUCCCUUGAGUUGUGGGUCACAGAUGGCCUCAUGUUCUAGUCUGAAUUUUUGGGAGCAGGCAGGUCAGGACCCUGAGUGGGGACCCUAAACAGACCCAGGAAAGUUUCCAGUGACUGGCUCUUUGGGUUAGGGUUUCAGUUAAGGGGGAAAAAUUUAAAAUAAUUAAAGCCCUCAGACUGCAAGAUGUUUUAGUUUUACAAAA